AUGGAUCCUGGGCAGCAGCCGCCGCCUCAGCCGGCCCCCCCGGGCCAAGGGCAGCCGCCCGCGCAGACCCCCCAGGGGCAGGGCCAGCCGUCCGGGCCGGGGCAGCCGGCACCCCAGGCGGCGCCCCCGGCGCCCCCCGCCGGGCACCAGAUCGUGCACGUCCGGGGGGACUCGGAGACCGACCUGGAGGCACUCUUCAACGCCGUCAUGAACCCGAAGACGGCCAACGUGCCCCAGACCGUGCCCAUGAGGCUCCGGAAGCUGCCCGACUCCUUCUUCAAGCCGCCGGAGCCCAAGUCCCACUCCCGACAGGCCAGUACAGAUGCAGGCACUGCGGGAGCCUUGACUCCUCAGCAUGUACGAGCUCAUUCCUCUCCAGCUUCCCUGCAGUUGGGAGCAGUUUCUCCUGGGACACUGACCCCCACUGGAGUAGUCUCUGGUCCAGCAGCCACAUCUGCAGCUCAACAUCUUCGGCAGUCUUCUUUUGAGAUACCUGAUGAUGUACCUCUGCCAGCAGGCUGGGAGAUGGCAAAGACAUCUUCUGGUCAGAGAUACUUCUUAAAUCACAUUGAUCAGACAACAACAUGGCAGGACCCCAGGAAGGCCAUGCUCUCUCAGAUGAACGUCACAGCCCCCACCAGCCCUCCAGUGCAGCAGAGCAUGAUGAACUCAGCCUCAGGUCCUCUUCCUGAUGGAUGGGAACAAGCCAUGACUCAGGAUGGAGAAAUUUACUAUAUAAACCAUAAGAACAAGACCACUUCAUGGCUAGACCCAAGGCUUGACCCUCGUUUUGGUAAAGCCAUGAACCAGAGAAUCAGUCAGAGUGCUCCAGUUAAACAGCCACCUCCCCUGGCUCCCCAGAGCCCGCAGGGAGGCGUCAUGGGCGGAAGCAACUCCAACCAGCAGCAGCAGAUGCGGCUGCAGCAGCUGCAGAUGGAGAAAGAGCGACUGCGGCUGAAGCAACAAGAGCUGCUCCGGCAGGUGAGGCCCCAGGCAAUGCGGAAUAUCAAUCCCAGCACAGCAAAUUCUCCAAAAUGUCAGGAAUUAGCUCUCCGUAGCCAGUUGCCAACACUGGAGCAGGAUGGUGGGACUCAAAAUCCAGUGUCUUCUCCCGGGAUGUCUCAGGAAUUGAGAACAAUGACGACCAAUAGCUCAGAUCCUUUUCUUAAUAGUGGCACCUAUCACUCUCGAGAUGAGAGUACAGACAGUGGGCUGAGCAUGAGCAGCUACAGUGUCCCUCGGACCCCAGAUGAUUUCCUCAACAGCGUUGAUGAGAUGGAUACAGGUGAUACUAUUAACCAAAGCACCCUGCCGUCACAGCAGAACCGUUUCCCAGACUACCUUGAAGCCAUUCCUGGGACAAACGUGGACCUUGGAACACUGGAGGGCGAUGGAAUGAACAUAGAAGGGGAGGAGCUGAUGCCCAGUCUGCAGGAAGCUCUGAGCUCCGACAUCCUCAACGACAUGGAGUCUGUGUUGGCCGCCACCAAGCUAGAUAAAGAAAGCUUUCUUACAUGGUUAUAGAGCCCUCAGGUAGACUGAAUUCUAAAUCUGUGAAGGAUCUAAGGAGAUAAGACAUAUACCUGAAAUUUCCAAAUAAGCCAGUUGCAGUUUUCUGGCUAAUACAGAAAAAGAUGAACAAACGUCCAGCAAGAUUCUCUCAUCCACAUUCUGCUCUUCCUUGUCCAUUGCUGCUGUUGAUGUAUUGCUGACUCUUUCACAGUUGGCUCUAAGAAUCAAAAAAAAAAAAAAACUUUUGUUUCUUUUGCUAUUAUAACUACUGUUCGUUUGGGGGCCGGGGGGAGUGAGCCUGUUUGGAUGAUGGAUGCCAUUCCUUUUGCCCAGUUAGAUGUUCACCGAUCAUUGUUAACUCAAACUGGGAAGUCAGAUGCUUCAUGUCACAGCAUUUAGUUUGCUCAAGCAAUUGUUUCUUCAGCUGCCUUUGGCCAGUGGAAGAACAUGACCUACUGGUCUGACAAGCGAAAACUGUUAGUGCUGAUGUGCAGAGACAGCUGAAACCAAGGCUCAGCAUUUCCUUCUCCUCCUGGUGGUAUCUGUUAGUCACAUAGUGACCUUAUUUUGUUUUAGGAGCUUAUAAGGCAUGAGACAAUUUCCAUAGAAAUAUAUUAAUUAUUGCCACAUACUCUAGUGUAGGUUUCGGUGGAUAUUUGUGUGGGUGGUUUUUUGUUGGUUGGUUUUGUCAGAACCUAGGCAAAUUACCAUAUUAGUGAAAACUGUUCAUAGUUGUAGCUUGGGACAGUUGGAAUUCUUUUGGUAAAAUCUAUAUUUCCUGUUUUUUUACCAUCUUAUUUAAAUUUGGACUAUUUCUGCUCUCUCUUCUACACACAAUGUUUAUAAUAGCGUGAUAGCAGAAUGUAUCUUUUUUUAAGGUUUCUCUACUUUCCAAUUUAUUUUUAAAAUGGUAGCUUUGAAUAAAUGCAUUUAGAACACAUGGCUUAGUAGUUUAAAUCUGGGGGAGGCAGUCUGCCAGUGUUUGAAGUAGCCUAGUGUUGUAGAAAGGGCUUUUACUAUGGAUAGUGCUCUAUGCCCUCUGUGCACACAAUAGUUUCUGAUGAAUUGGGAAAGAGCAAAUAAGAAAUGGCUUUAUUUUCUUCCUUGGACUCCCAGUUUUGAGUCUUGAUAGGAAAUCACUGAGUACGUUAUAUCUUACAUGACAGAAGGAAGCUUUCUAGAGGUUACCUUUCUUUAGCUUUGGGAGUUUACCUUCACUUUAGUUUUGGAAGUAAACUGUAGUACUUAGUUCUCAUUUGUAAUGAACACAUUAAAGACUAGAUUGAAAUGUUUCCUAUAAUAUUCUUCUCACUUUGAAGAUUUGCUCCUACUUCUAUAUGCUGAAAAUUGACCCUGGCUAGUAUAUAGAACACUGUAAGGUCAUGAGUUAGCUGGUAAAGUGAUCAGAUUGAUAAAUGUAUAUUGGUAGUUGAAUUUAGCAAAGAAAUAGAGAUAAUAAUGAUUAUUCCUUUAUUUUUACAGGAAGAGAUAUAACUAGAGUGUGUGUCUACAGGAGAAAUAAUGGUUUCCAAAGAGUAUUUUUUAAAGGAACAAAAUGAGCAUGAAUCAAGUCUUCAGAAUAAGCUAUGAAGUAACACUUGGUUAUGAAUUAGAAGUGUGGUACCAGCUAAGCCCCUCUGUGAUUUAAGGGUCUUUCAAUGGUUUUAGAAUAAGCCCUUAUUUUCAAGGGUUUAUAACAAAUACAAAAUCUUCUUUCCUGGCUAAAGCUGCUAUGCAAAACCUAGCAUAGCUUGGGAAGAUAGAUUUUUUUCAGUUACGAAAUCUAAGUAUUUUGGCCCUUCAAUUUGGAGGAGUGCAAAGUUGGAAGUAAGUUGUUUUAUUUUUAAGUACUUUUCAGUGCUAAAAAAAAUGCAGUCACUGUGUUGUAUAUAAUUCACAGUUCGCUCAUUCAUAGUAAUUAACUCCAAGGCUUUUACUAGGAAAACAACAGAAAGAUUAAAUCUUGAGUUAAGUCCGGGGGAAAUGGCCACUGUACAGAUGCAUUGAGUUUUAGAGUGAUGAUGAAAUUCUACCUAGAAUGCAAAAUUGAGUAUAUUGAUGAUAUCAUGUUGGGUUUUUGUUUUUAAUGUGCAGAAGAUCAAAGCUACUUGGAAGGAGUGCCUAUAAUUUGUCAAUAAGCCACAAAUUAAGAAUGGAUCUUAUGUAUCAGCAGAGUAGCGUUAGCUUAGGGGGAGGGUGGGGAGAUGUGGGGGGAAGGGUUGUGAAGAUUUAGUGGGAACUUGAUAGAAUACUUUAUAAACUUCUUUCGCUUUAAUAAAGACUUGUCUUAUAUCUUGCUGUCAUUGAAGGCAGUUGUUCCUAAAAUUUCAGUUGCUUAAGUACACCUACAAAAGAAGAAUACGGAGAUCUUGGUUUCCCCUUGAAUUUAAUUUACCUCAAUGUUGUAGCAGCACCGUGGUGCCUGGCACAGUACUUAGACCCUACGCCCUCUGUACUGACCUGAAGGAGACCUAAGAGUCCUCUCUCUUCUGAGUUUAAAUCACAGCCUUGAUGUGGUCGUUCUUGUUUUAUGUCCUUGUUCCUAAUGUAAAAGUGUUUAACUGCUUCUUGGUUAUACUGGGCAGCACUGGGAUAAGAUUUUAACGGGGUAUUCUUAAAUUGCUUUUACAAUAAACCAAUUUUAUAAUCUUUAAAUUUAUCAUCAUUUUACAUUUGUGUUCUUUUUAGUUAGGGCUUCUUAGAUCUACUUAUAGUUGAUGGUGCACAUCGAUUUGGAGUUUCAGAUCUUUCAAGCACUAUUUGUUCUAAUAACUGUUUUCUAAAACUAGUGCCUUUAAAUAAAAAUGAACAUAAGGAAGUGACUUUGAUACAAAUAAUAUUGCUAUCUUAAGUAUUCAUAUUACAUAGAGGCAUUCUACAUGGAACAUGGCAGAAAGACUGAACAAUGAGAGUAAUUAUUUGUGUAAUUCAGAAUUCAUACCAGUCAGUGUUGAAACUCAAAACAGUGCAAAAGUGGGAGGCAAUAUCCAGUGAUCAACAAUUUCAUGGCUUUGUACAUCUGAGAAAUGAAUACUCAGAUGAAUUUUAUCUUUGCAAGCAUGUUUUUAUAAGAAUUGUGGGUGUGCCUGUGCCUAUCAUAACAGUUGUUUUCUGUAUCUUGAAAAGUAUUCUCCACGUUUUAAAUGUUUUAUAUUAGAGAAUUCUUUAAUGCACACUUGUCAAAUAUAUAUAUAUAGUACCAAUGUUACCUUUUUAUUUUUUGUUUUAGAUGUAAGAGCAUGCUUAUACCUUAGGUACUUACAUAAAUUGUUACAUUAUUUUUCUUAUGUAAUACCUUUGUUUGUUUAUGUGGCUCAAAUAUAUUCUUUCCUUAAACUCUU